CGUCAAGUCUGCUGCCAUCGUGUCGGGAUUGGAACAUUACAGAGUAAGAAUCGGAACAAUUGAGCGUUUGGAAAUUGGACACUAGGAUCAAGGAAUCCCAUAUCGGUAACAAUUUCAAUGUAUUUGCGAAGUCACAUUGUAAUUGUAAGUACUGUUUGAGAUCGUUGCGUUCGUUUCUUCGUUUAUAUCAGGCCCUAUUCUCCGAUGAGAUUAUUUUUUUUGCGUGUAUGAGGUCUGUCUGGAGAUUAAAACAGAAGAGAAAUGCAGGGAUUUGUGAGGCUACAUUUGCACUGAUGAACCGCUCUUGUUCUACUACGCUUUACUCGUUCGUUUAUGGAACCAUGGAGUGAAAUAUCGCCUUAGAAAGCGCGAGGAACAAGACGAAAUUCUACUCCGAGACCUCUGGAUCUAAACCCGCCACACCGACUGCUUUAAAUCCCAGCCGGCGUGUUAACGACUUUACAUCUCAAACGUGGGAUACCUUUUCUGUGUUGGCCAAGGCAGGGAACCUCAUGAACCCCUGCCGCUACUCUCGCAGUGUAAAGGGCUAAUAAAAAGCUUCGGGCACCUCUAACCGGGCGCAGUUUAGCAUUUGAAUACAGCUUGGCUGUAUGAGGGAGGGAGCGAGAGGGACGGAGAGCGUAGGAUAUCUGAUUUGUUUUUUACUUGGUCGAGGGAGUGAAAUGGUAAAACUAACUGGAAGGGGGAGAAAACGCAUUUAAAAUCGCCCACAUGCUCUGGAUCAAUCGCUGGAUUGGGGCACGGAAUACGAAGAAGUGGGAAGACACGAGUUUGAAAUAUUUUCGGGCUGGAAGAUGGCAGAGGGGUGUAGUUGGAGGUGGUGAGAGCCUAACUUCUGGCCACUUCGAAUUUAUUUGUAAACAACUUGCCCCUAUUCGUAGGACACAUGCAGGCCAAAAAACGAUAUUUAAUCCUGCUCUCCGCCGGUACAUGUCUAAUUCUACUGUUCUACUUUGGAGGUGUACAACUUCCAUCUUCGGGCAGAAACCGGCAUGACCGUAGCCACAAUGGAUAUCGCCCCGACCAGCCGUGGCCACACUUCUCGGAACCUUUACAACAAUUCCUACUCUGGGAUCAACCGGACACCGAGGAAUACAACAUUCACAUAUCGCCAAGGCAGAAGAGGGAAGUUAAUACAAGUGUGUACAAAGGCAAAAGAUGUCGCAUGGAUUCGUGCUUUGAUUUCUCAGCAUGCAAAAAGAACGAUUUCAAAGUGUACGUCUACCCCCAGCAGAAAGGGGAGAAAAUCUCAGAAAGUUACCAGAAUAUUUUGUCGAUUGUUGAGGGAUCCAGGUUCUACACCACUGACCCGGGUCAAGCUUGUCUAUUCAUCCUGAGCUUGGACACCCUGGACCGGGACUCGCUGUCUCCGCAGUACGUGCACAAUCUCAAAACCAAGAUCCAGAACCUUCACCUCUGGAACAACGGCAGAAACCACCUCAUAUUUAACUUGUACUCUGGGACAUGGCCGGACUACACGGAAGACCUGGGUUUCGACAUAGGCCAGGCCAUGUUGGCCAAGGCCAGCAUCAGUACCGAGAUCUUCAGGCCCAACUUUGACGUGUCCAUCCCGCUGUUCUCCAAGGAGCACCCUAGGACCGGAGGGGACAGGGGGUACCUAAAGUACAACUCCAUCCCACCUUUCAGGAAAUACAUGCUCGUGUUUAAGGGGAAGCGAUACCUUACAGGGAUAGGGUCAGACACGAGGAAUGCCUUAUAUCACGUCCAUAACCAGCAGGAUGUGGUGCUCCUCACCACCUGCAAACACGGCAAGGAUUGGCAGAAACACAAGGACGCACGCUGCGACAAGGACAACGCGGAAUAUGACAAAUAUGACUACAGAGAGAUGCUGCACAACUCCACUUUCUGCCUGGUGCCUCGGGGCAGGCGCCUAGGAUCCUUUCGCUUCCUAGAGGCGCUGCAAGCAGCCUGUGUGCCUGUGAUGCUGAGUAACGGCUGGGAGCUGCCCUUCUCUGAGAUCAUCAACUGGAACACGGCGGCCGUCAUCGGGGACGAGAGGCUCCUGCUGCAGAUCCCGUCCACGGUGCGCUCCAUCCAUCAGGAUAAGAUCCUAGCUCUGAGGCAGCAGACCCAGUUCCUGUGGGAGGCCUACUUCUCCUCUGUGGAGAAGAUUGUGCUGACCACUCUGGAGAUCAUCCAGGACCGUGUGCUGCAGCAGGAGUCCAGGAGCACCUUGAUGUGGAACAGCCACCCCGGGGGGCUCUUCGCCCUGCCACAGUACUCUGCCCACCUGGGAGACUUCCCCUUCUACUACGCCACCCUAGGUAUUAAACCGCACCCCAAGUUCACGGCAGUCAUCCAUGCAGUCACCCCCCUGGUCUCCCAAUCCCAGCCCAUCCUCAAGCUGCUGGUGUCUGUUGCCAAAUCACAGUACUGUGCACAGAUCAUUGUGCUGUGGAACUGUGACAAGCCUCUCCCUGCUAAACACCGCUGGCCUGCCACCUCCGUGCCCGUCAUUGUCAUCGAGGGAGAAAACAAGGUGAUGAGCAGUCGCUUCCUGCCCUACGAGACCAUUGUCACCGACGCUGUGCUCAGUCUGGAUGAGGAUACGGUGCUCUCGACCACAGAGGUGGACUUUGCCUUCACGGUGUGGCAGAGCUUCCCAGAGAGGUUGGUGGGCUACCCGGCCCGGAGCCACUUCUGGGACAGUAACAAGGAGCGCUGGGGCUACACUUCCAAGUGGACCAACGACUACUCCAUGGUGCUGACCGGAGCUGCCAUCUACCACAGAUAUUACCACUUCCUUUACACAAACUUCCUGCCUGCCAGCCUGAAGGGCAUGGUGGACCAGCUGGCCAACUGCGAGGACAUCCUCAUGAACUUCCUGGUGUCAGCCGUCACCAAGCUGCCGCCCAUCAAGGUCACCCAGAAGAAGCAGUACAAAGAGACCAUGAUGGGACAGUCGUCGCGGGCCUCGCGCUGGGCCGACCCGGACCACUUCGCCCAGCGGCAGACGUGCAUGAACAAGUUCGCCAGCUGGUUUGGCGGCAUGCCCCUGGUCCACUCCCAAAUGAGGCUGGACCCGGUGCUGUUCAAGGACCAGGUCUCCAUCCUGCGCAAGAAAUACAGGGACAUCGAGAGGCUCUGACAGGAUGUGCACCCCCUGCCAGAGAGGCCGGGGGAGACGGUAGCCGAAGGAGGACCACGACAGUGGCAGUAGGACAGUCAGCCACCUGGAGCCCGGCGCUACAGCUCUGUCUUCCACUCAGCACAUUGCCAAUGACCACAGCAGCGCCAGGAGUUGACGAGCGAAAUGGUGUCUGGAGAGCUAUGCGUAUAUACAGAUCUGUAGUAUGUUCACAUAAACACACACAGACACUACCGACGAGACUCUUGGAUAGAAUAUUUUUGUUGCUAUGAAUGCCACGAAGGAGCGAAUUACAACAGACUAUUCCUGCGACUCUCUGCACAUGUGCAGGAUGGUCGAGGAAGGGAGGUGUCCAACAUGGCAACCCAACCUCAGAUCAGAUCCGCAGCCGUGCUGGUAACCUAGACUCAAUGCAACCCCACCGUGACUCCUUCAUGACCUCCCUAUGUCCGCAUCAGGACCCCUGAGACACUCACCCACCAGCCCCUGCUCUGGAGCCUGGGAAACCAUGUUCCUCCAUUACCUUUCUAACCAUACUUCCCAGCCAUAUGUACACUGGUUUGAAGCCUUGGGGUCUUCCUAGGAACUGUCCCCUGAUUUAAAUUAAAUUCAACAUUUGGUAGUAAAGGUCGAGAAAAGUUGAGUCCGCUUUCCCCUUUUUAUAUGUUUGUUAUUCUUUUACUGGAAGGAUGGUUUAAAAGCCACCAUUUUCCAAUGGUGCCACUCGUAUUGCCACGAGGCGGUCACAAAACCCACAGAAACACCCACUCUACGCUCAUUCUUUGAUUUUCUGACUGUUAGAUUUCUAUUUCUUGUCUGUUUCUCUGCUUUAUCACAGUGAUAAGCCAGAAGCAUGUCACAUUUUAAAUGUACCCUUUUUCCUUCGAAACUCUCAAAAGCAGUUUCACUUUUCUUCUCGUCUUUCCCCUCGGAAGCUCAGUACCAGUGUGUGUGCAGAGGCUGAAAGUAGGCUCGUCCCACCACGAGCCCGAGCGGAGCACUUUCCCUCCGUCGGAAUGAGCAACAUGAACAUUUCUGGAUGAAAUGGAGCAGAACACUGCCUUCGAAACCAAACCCUUUUCACCCAUUUAUUCCCCCUUUAUUGUUUAUGAGCAAUACCGUGGCAGAAGGAGUGCAUGCUAAAUUUAGACCCUGCUUCAUUUCCACAGGGGUGUUACAGAUUUCAGUGACUCGUCUGUUGUGCCAUGUCCCCGAAAUUCACAUUAGGGCUGCCUUUUUAAAAUGGCUUAUUGCACAUCUUUUCCGUAAAUCGAUAUCGAAAGCAGGGGAAGAUGCUAUCUGGUCGAAAUGCCCUCUGUAAUAUUCGUUGUUCUUCCUAGAUUUCCUCAUCAUAAUGAUGUUGGUGAAAUACAAGCCUCAAAGCCAUUCGAUAGACAUAGCCAUCUCCUACACCAUUUGUCAGAGGACAUAUGUUUUGUGUUUUAAUUAGAGAAAGACAUUUCAUUUGAAGUGUUGGGUUUCCCUGGGGAAGCAGCCCUUGAUGAAACCGUCUGUCUCUCUGUUUCCCAUCAUGUCUGACUCUGCUCUGGAUGCAGUGACCCACAACCUUGACCCUUUGGCUCUAGGCGUACAGUGAAAAGACAACCAGCUCCCCCUCACCUAGCCUUGUCAUUGUAAUGUUCUUCAUUACCCUCUUUGUUCAUCAUUUCUGUUGCUCCUAGUUUUCCUGCGACGCUGUUGUACUCACAAUAGACUCAUCCCAGCUCAACUGCAUUUGGCCUGACACAUUUUUGUAUUGUGGUCGAAUAGGAAAAACCUUUAUACUUUAUUUUAUUGAUCAUUUUCAAGGAAAUAGCUUUGAGAUGUGUAAGCUCAUGACUUUAUAGUGAAAUCCUAUUGUGAACAGGCUUUAGUCUUUGUACCACACACAGAGCCCUGCUAGUUCACUCGAACAGGUACUUGAAUGUCUGAAGACUUGAAGGAGCGUAGUGUGCUCGAGUGGCCUUUUAUUGUGAAGGUGACUGAACUUAAAGGGCCAGUUUCCCGGACAUGGAUUAAACCUAGUCCUAGACCCCAACAAAAAUUCCCAAUGGAGAUGUCCAUUGAAAGUGCAUUUUUGUUCAGAACUAGGCUCUGUCUCCGAGAAACCGGCCCAUAGUGUAUCAGCUGUGAGCCAAAGCUCAACUAUCCGUUUUUUUUCUACCCCCCUUCGUCGUAUCUGCGUCAUUUCUUAUUGAGGUCGUUGUAGACUCUUUCACAUAGAUUUUUUUGUUUUCAUCUUCCAUAUCAGGAUACAUUCAAUGGAGGUCAGUGUCCACUAGGUUGUAUACAUGGCCAAUGAGUUGAUAUUGUGUCAUUGGUGGGCCUGGCCCAUCUCCUCUUGUCAUUUACACAAUGUCAUAUGUGAUAUUAUCAACAUAACACUUAAUACUACAGUACACUUAGAUUUAGUACAGUUCCAAAGCUGGUAUAUUGUCAAUAUAUUGUUUGUUUUUUUACAAAAUGUUUGCAUUUCAUGUUUAUUUUCUUUCUGGCAAUGUACUCAGGAGGAGUUUGGAAUGAACUUGUAUGACUUGAUAUUGGCCAAGAGAGAUUUACGUUGUAUUUUGAUGUUGACUUACAGCAAGCCUUGGAUCUCUUGGCACUAGACAUGCAUCUCAAUGAUUAUGAAAAAUGUUGGUCUGCAUCUGGUCCCCUUUAUGAGGUUCAGUAAAACCAUCUUUGUAUCAAGCCUUUUUCUAUCUAGAAUUGUCUGAACGAACUUGUUAUAUCUCAAGAGCGAAAGUCCCUAGCCUUGCACAUUGACUUCACGGGCGAAACCAGAGACAUUAACAUUUCUGUACAUAAACAUGUAUAUUUAUUUUCAUAUGUGAGAAAAACCAGACUGUGUAUAGUAUGACGGGGAAAAUAACAGGAUUUCUUGGCUGAAGGAAUAGUUGAUGAGCAAAAAAAAAAAAAAUCUGAUUUUGUGAGAUAUACAUUUUGUUAACCCUUGUGCUUUGCUGGGGUGAGGAAAUAAGUCCAUUGUGGUAUGGGUCAGAUUGACCCGCACAGUGUAAACACACUCGACAGUCAAAGAAUCAAGUAAAAACGUUUGUCUUGUCAGACCUUUCAUAAAGAAGAAAUACCAGAACAUUUGAUUUCAAAAACUCUACAUUGAACUAUUUGUUACAAACAAGCAUUUUCUGUUUGACCAAGUAGGGAUUCAGUUUUAAACAAUUCCAGGCAUUUAAUCCUAGUAAAAAUUCCCUGUCUUUGAUCACCAUUUUAUUUUAAGAAUGUGAACGGUCAGAAUAAUAGUAGAGAGAAUGAUUUUUGUUUUUUCAGCUUUUAUUUCCUUCAUCACAUUCCCAGUGGGUCAGAAGUUUACAUACACUCAAUUAGUAUUUGGUAGCAUUGCCUUUAAAUUAACUUUGGUCAAACAUUUCGGCUAGCCUUCCACAAGCUUCCCACAAUAAGUUGGGUGAGUUUUGGCCCAUUCCUCCUGACAGAGCUGGUGUACCUGAGUCAGGUUUGUAGGCCUCCUUGCUCGCACACGCUUUUUCAGUUCUGCCCACAAAUUUUCUAUGGGAUUGAGGUCAGGGCUUUGUGAUGGUCACUCCAAUACCUUGACUUUGUUGUCCUUAAGCCAUUUCACCACAACUUUGGAAGUAUGCUGGGGGUCAUUGUCCAUUUGGAAGACCCAUUUGCGACCAAGCUUUAACUUCCUGACUGAUGUCGCUUCAAUAUAUCCACAUAAUUUUCUCUCCUCAUGAUGCCAUCUAUUUUGUGAAGUGCACCAGUCCCUCCUGCAGAAAAGCACCCCCACAACAUGAUGCUGCCACCCCGUGCUUCACGGUUGGGAUGGUGUUCUUCGGCUUGCAAGCAUCCCCCUUUUUCCUCCAAACAUAACGAUGGUCAUUAUGGCCAAACAGUUCUAUUUUUGUUUCAUCAGACCGGAGGACAUUUCUCCAAAAAGUGCAGUCUUUGUCCCCAUGUGCAGUUGCAAACCGUAGUCUGGAUUUUUUUAUGGCAGUUUUGGAGCAGUGGCUUCUUCCUUCCUGAGCGGCCUUUCAGGUUAGGUCGAUAUAGGACUCGUUUUACUGUGGAUAUAAAUACUUUUGUACCGGUUUCCUCCAGCAUCUUCACAAGGUCCUUUGCUGUUGUUCUGGGAUUGAUUUGCACUUCUCGCACCAAAGUACGUUAAUCUCUAUGAGACAGAACACGUCUCCUUCCUGAGCGGUAUGGCAGCUGUGUUGUCACAUGUUGUUUAUACUGGCAUACUAUUGUUUGUACAGAUGAACGUGGUACCUUCAGGCGUUUGGAAAUUGCUCCCAAGGAGGAACCAGAUUUGUGGAGGUCUACAAAAAAAAAUUCUGAGGUCUUGGCUGAUUUUUUUUGAUUAUCCCAUGAUGUCAAGCAAAGAGGCACUGGGUUUGAUGGUAGGCCUUGAAAUACAUCCACAGGUACAAAUGUCAAUUAGCCUAUCAGAAGCUUCUAAAGCCAUGACAUAAUUUUAUGUAAUUUUCCAGGCUGUUUAAAGGCACAGUCAACUUAGUGUAUCUAAACUUCUGACCCUCUGGAAUUGUGAUAGAGUGAAAUAAUCUGUAAACAAUUGUUGGAAAAAUUACUUGUGUCAAUACACAAAGUAGAUGUCCUAACCGACUUGCCAAAACUAUAGUUUGUUAACAAGACAUUUGUGGAGUGGUUGGAAAAACGAGUUUUAAUGACUCCAACCGAAGUGUAUGUAAACUUCCGACUUCAACUGGAUUUAUUGCAUUCUACACAAAUGGUGCUGGUUGACCUGUCUUUGCGAGGGGUGGGGCAGAGAAAAACGUGUAGGCCCUGGAACAAUUUUGAGCUGACAGUCUACCAUGACUUCACUGUGGUGACCAUUCUAUAUAACCAUCUUUAGAUGUCCAUGUCCUCUCUUCUCUGGAUGAUGGUUGUCGCAUGCUCUCUCUCUCAUCUGAUGGAGAUGGUAUGGCAGACUCCACCUCCUGAAUCCUCUUCAUCAGAGAAAUAUUCACAAUCUGGGUCAACAGUCCUGUCUCUGAAACCUCUUCUUCUAUUUCACUGUCACAGUCCAACGUUUGUGAUGAGGCUUCAAUGACUGAACAUCUUUCGGAGCUCAUUUAUGACUGUCCGUGUCUGAGAUCUGCUGCUCUCGCACUGAGAAGGAGAAGCUUGGGAAACUCCUUUCCGCCCAAACAUAAUUAGAAAAGUGCAACCAGAACACAUCGAAGACACCUUGUUUAUUUUGGUCCUCUGCAAAUAUCUAUACACAUGAAAGCCUCUGGGUCAAAAUGACCCACAACAGCACGUUUGUCUACAAAAUCUACAGACAUUCCACAUGUUGAAGUUAGGUUCAUGACCCUAAAUGAGGAAAAGUCAUUUUCAUGGAGAAAGAGGUUAACUAAUAUUUUAGACCACUCAAACCUGGAAAUGGGUCAAAUUGACCUACAACAAAAUAGGAGGGUUAAUUGUUUUCACAUUGUUGCCAAUAUAUAUUAUUUAGUUUCCAUGGAAUAAAACCAUCCCUUUUUGCUUUUAAAAUCUUCAUAUAUAGAGCAACUGCAACCAUUAUAGAAAUAAAUCUGUGUUACCAUGUCAGUUAAUUCAUAAUCACCAUGGAGACAAGAUGAUACCAAUCUAGAAUUGGAUUUGCUGUGAGCAUUUCAAUGGCAGCUGGGUCUCUUGAACAGAUCGAGGGUUUUCGUUUGUAGCUAGAGUGUAUUUUAGAUUCACCAUGUGUUUUUGUCACUGUCCACAUCUGCAAACUCAUUGAUAGUUUUGGGAAAACUCUGGCAAUUCUCUUACUGUCAUAUCUGGUACAAAUAUAACUCAACUCAAAACAGUAAUGUUGUAAAACAACUCUCAUUUAAACAUGUCCUUCCAUAAAACCAGAGGAUACCAGACAGUCUAUGGUUUAUCAAUGCAUGGCAUCUGUAUCAGUGUGGUUGGAUGUGCAGCAUGGUUCUGUCUGUGAUUGUGCCUUUUUUUUCCCAAAAAAAUUCAAUCAAAUUUUUGUUUUUGAGCUCAUGGAAAACAAACUGUCAGAAGAGGAGCGCCAUACAGGGCUCUCGUUCACCUUGACGUACACUGGAGAUUUAGCACCGCUUUCAUUCAUUCUUGACCGCUCUUCUGUCGGCUAUUAAACUCUGGUGAUGGCCGACAACGCACCUGCAUGACCACUUCUAUGGAAUUAUUUAUCAGUACUUGACUGUAUCAGACAGACAAGAUUUUUUUUUUUUUUUACAAUGUAAUUUGCUCCCAGCUGUCCUGAUGCCUUCCUCCUGCCUACCUUGUAAUUAACAAAUGACUUUUAUAGAGGUAAAUGAAAUAGAAACAUGCCAAUUUUUGUAAGAAUGAUUUAUAAUAAAAAAAACAUUUGAUCAUU